UUUUAGUAGCUGUUUCCGGCCGGAUCGUUUAGGGGGCGGACGCGGCGACCGUUGUUGCUGGGAGGCAGCUUGUGUCACAAUGACAGGGCCGGUGAUUGUAGUUGUAUGAUGUGCUUGUGCCUGAGCAGUAGGACGACUGCACACUUACAAGAUUUCGAAGUGCUGUGCGCUAGGAGAGCGGCGCCAUGAAGGAAGGAAUCGCGGAUAAGAGCUGGGACUCAGAAGGCAGCAGCACAGCCAGCGAGGUGCUCAUCCGCUCCACCAGUAUCCACAGGACUCCUGGCAACUUGGCAGGGGCACAGGGCAGCGAAAGACUGGGUGCAUGGUCUGCCAGUGACACCGCCUCAGUGGGAGCUUGGCAUCAGGAGGGAACCUUGGAACGUGGCGCAGCAGUGGGAAGAGAGAGCCGGGCAGUGUCAGCUGCUCCUUUUGGGACAAUGCUGGGUGACUGGAGGAGCGAUUCCACCACAGGGUGGGCACCAGAGAAACCGGAGGAGACUGAGUCUCCCAAAAACAAUGUGAGCUGCAAAGCAGGAUCAGUGAUAAGCCCUGGUGGUGCCACAGACAGUUCCAGUGCCCCUCUGGGCGGCAAGGUGCAAAUCUCACUAACACGACUGAGAGAGAUACCCUCUCCUUACCCAGACUUUGCCUUCAGAAAGCAGGACGCCUCUUACAUCCCCCCAGCUUUACCUGCCAACAAGUACCCUGCCGCUAGGUUUACUUUAAGUGACAGCAGAUCAGAUGCUGUAAAUGCUUUGGAAAAGACAAAGAUAUCAGCUUGUAAAAGAGAGCCAUCACCACCAAAGGUAUAUGUGACCAAACAUUUGCAGAAUAUUAUGGAUAUGAGAAAGAAAGAUGAAACCAUACAAAAUGGGAACAAGACAAAAGAUAAAGAUAUUGAGAUUUCUCAGUUCACUACUGGACAGAAAGGAGCACUGCUGGCCGCUUUGAAUAAGAGAGCACAUGGUGGCCCUAUUACUAAGCAGGUGAGGGUACAGCUUCUUGAGGACAGUGCAGCAGUAAGAAGAGAGACUUGCUCCCAGGGCAGCAAGAAAAAGCUUGAUGAGUUGGACAAUGUUGCAACAGUUGCAGCUGCCACUGCUGCUGCUAUAGCUGCUACUGCUCCUCUUCUCAAGGCUCAGAGUGACAUGGAAGCCCAAGUGAACUCUGUUACCCAAGUGCUUAACAAACUGACAGAGGUAGAUCGACAGCUGCAGCAGCUCUCUGAACAACAGAGCAAGAUACAAAGUCAUCCACAAGAAAGACCAUGUCACGAUGACCGAGUGAGAGAGCUGGAAAAACAGCUGGCCCGACUGACAGAACAAAGGCUUCACCAUCUGGAAAAAUUACAACAGCAACAAAUUCAAAUGCAGUCACACUUUAUAAACUCUGCAAUGAAACCUGGUCCAUGUCAACAUCAAUCUGAAGCUCCAAUAUAUGCUCCAUUGCCUUGUACUCUUCCAAAGCAUCCACUGCCCAACCAGCUUAUGAAGUCGACACUCUCUGAGAACUGCAGGCAAGAAGAUACAAAUAUUUCAGGAAAAUCUCCUCUGGAAACUCCAGCACCUCGCAAAUUUGCACCAGUUCCAAUGGCAAAGGAUGUGCUCGUCCCACAGAUAAACCCUCAAGGAAUGGAAAAUAUCGGGAAGCCUACAAAUCCAGUACAAUUAGGAAAUGGAGUUUUUCUUCAGAAGGUCUUAGAGGAAAGCAAGUCUCCAUUGUUUAAAUCGUCCUAUAAAACUGCAGUAAACCCAACAAUGGACUACAAUCAUACCUCUAAUGACAGCACUUCCACCAUCAUCCCAUCGUAUAUGGCUACAAGGGCCAAAUACCUUUCCCAAAGUAAAAAUUCAACAGCUAAUACUGUAGUUCAGAAGGCUGAUGAUGUGCUACAUGAUCUGGGUUUGCUGAAGCAGGAAAUGCAUGGCAUGCUGCGGGAAGCCAAGCAAUGGAGACCACACGAUGAUUUGACGGCUAGGAAGAAGGCCAGUCCAUAUUACUCUUCAAAUGCUCUGAAUAAGUCACAGUCUUCUUUAUUAAGCACCAAAAAGCCACCCAAGUCCUUGUGUGAAGAUGCAGAACGAAUAUUAAGAGAGGUUCAGAAUAAUAAGAAGGUCCUUGAAGCAAACUUGGAGGCAAUUAUUCGAGCAAAGGAUGGAGCAGCCAUGUACUCGCUUAUUGACACACUGACUACAAACAGUAAUGCUGCAGAGAAUAUUCAUAUAAAAAAGUCUGUUGAUAUCUGGAUUACUGAAAUGAACUCUGAAAUACAGGAGGAAAUCUCAAGAAAGGACAAUGUGAAAAAGCAGCCCAAUCACAAAGUGCAAGAAUCUGUAGUGGGAAAAAAAUCUGGUGCAUCCAAGGAUGCUAAAAGUAUCAAAAGUACUGUAAAAACAACAUCAGUGAGGGCAAAGCCUACAAGUGGAAUCUCAAGCAGGUCUUACCAUAGGCAAAACGAGGGAAAUAACAGCAAGAAAGAAGAACACUCUCAUGCUUUGCAGAAGAAAGAUGCCAAGUCAAGGCCCUCUCAGCAGUUGGAUGAGUCUGCCCAGGUGGAUGAAGAUGUUCUGAACCUAGUAUAUGGCAAGCCAAUCUAUCAAGGGCACCGUAGCACUCUCAAGAAGGACCCGUACCUGCGCUUUAACUCCCCCUCUCCUAAAUCUAAACCUCGUAGGCCCAGAGUCCUGGAAACUGUUAAAGGUGUGAAGAUGAAGUCUGCACGAGUACAGACAAACACUAAUAAAUACAAGACCACAAUAACCAAACUUGCACCAAAGGAGUUUGAGCCUCAGUAUGUUUUUAGCCCAGUCAGAGAGGAGUUAGAUAUAUCUGCACCCCUGGAAGGACAUCUCAUCCCUAUGGCUAUCCCCUUGGGAAGAUCACAGUUCGACGGAAUUUCUCCAAUGCCUUCAUCUGUAAUCAUUGCACAGCCACAGACCACUACAGUGAAUGUGUCUAUUCCACCCUCACCCCGAAAGACUCGGGCAAAAUCUGUGAAACCCAAUGUUGCAGUAGUGGAAAUGAGAUCAGAGAAGAAGGACCCACCACAGCUCAGAGUCCAGGUGCUUCCAUGUGUUGAUAUUGACAGCAUAGCAAGUGAGAGCAGCAGUGUAAGCCAACUGUCUCCCAAACGAGAAGCAACUCCUCCCCCUACUCCCACUCCUGCUGCUAUGAAUCCUGACAUACAGCUGCCUUUACGUGCAGAAACCGAAGAGGAGGUCCUUGCAUUUCCAGGCACUUCCUUUGUCCAAGUGUCAGAGAUCACUCAGGAUGAAGAAAGUGAAGCUGAAAUCCCGGAGCCAUUGCUGGAAGUUAACGGUUGUGCAGAGAUGCCUCCAACACAGUAUAAUGGAAUCCCAUUCCCUCCAUCUGCUCCCCCACCUGCACCUCAAGCUAGUGAUAUUUUGGAAGGGAUCAUUAGUAGAAAGGAGACUUUGGAGAACAGAGUGAUCAGCUGGGUGGAACAGGAAAUCAUGGCACGAAUCAUCAGUGAAAUGCAGCCAGUGAGGCAAGAAGCGGUCCCUGAUGUCAGCCAGACAAGUACUGAAGAGAGUGGAUCUGUAGCUUCAGAUAUCGUCGAAGCAGCUGGAGGGCAAGGAUUCCAGUUGUUUGUUGAUGCUGGAGUGCCGGUGGAUUCAGAUUUAAUUCGCCGCUAUGUUGAUGAAGCACUGGCUGAGACUAUUGCUAUAAUGUUGGGGGAGAGAGAAGCUCGAAAUGCACAAAAACGUCCAUUAAUGGAAUCUGAUGUACAGAUCCCUGUAGAAAUUCCUUUAGUUUCCACUCCGGAGUGUACCCCACCUGCAUCUCCUCUCCCUCCUGUGAGGGAACAUUCCACAGUAAAAACCCCAGAACUUUCCCCACAAACUUCUGUGGCUGAACCCAUAUUUGAAGAUCAGGCAGCUCCUGAGAUGCCAACAAGUCCUGUAGCCACUCCUGUUAUUACCCCAGUGGCCUCUCCUCCCAGAGUGGCUACCCCAACACCUCUCAUAUCAGAAGAACCUGAUGACAGCCCUGGUCUACCUGGUCCUUGGGGCACUAUGGAUUUGCCUUUAGAAGAAGAAAACCCUCAUUCUUUGGAGGAAUCUCUAUAUAAAGAUGUAGUUGUGUUGACAGUAGCUAAAGAUGAAGAGCCAGAGAGCCUGAUCUCUGCAGCUUCAUCUGAACCUGAAAAAUCCUCAGUUUCCAUUCCACCUGAACUCAGAUCUCCAUCACCUGCUCCAACUCCAAGCUCUGCCCCCUCAACAGAGGAGAGCACUCUGACUGUCACCGCCACUGACUCAGACACAACCGACAGGCCCAUCUCAGAGGGAGAGGUGGUGUACAGUUAUGAACAAAUAGCUGCAGCACAAGUCGUGGCUGAAAGUGGAGUGAUUGAUCAAAAUCUUACAGAAAGUUUAUCCAGCACUCUAAGAGAUGCGCAUGACAUGGAAUAUGAUCCCCCAAGUGAAGGGCAGGUGAUUUAUGGGCCCAGAAGUGGAGCACAUCGUGAUCCUGUUCUGUCACUCUUAGCCAAAUUCAAUCAAGAUCUGGUUGCACCACUUGACGUUUAUUACCCCCCAGAGUGCUCUGAGGAAGAAAACAGCAUGGGGGAGAUCAGCGAAGGUCAAAGGCCCCGUUUCACCAAUGCAGCAGAGCAAGUCCUGGUAGGACACUCUGCCUUUAUGGGUAGACCUGCUAAUGUGGGUGAAAUAGCUGGGCAUGAGCACAGGCAUCUUUCAUCUCCAGGACAGUACGAUAAAAUACCAGAACUAAACCCCAUGGACUCUGAUAAUGUGACGCGGGGCCCAAUGAGCAUUGGAGACCUGGAGGUGCAGCAGGUGGCUGCUAAUUAUCCCAAUCCUGGUACCAGUGCAGAAAUGCCAACAGUAGCCAGCAGCAGCUCUCAGGUUCCAGCAGUACCUCUAAAGGAGCAUCAGCCGACUCAUACACGCUUGAUACAAGUUGGGGUUAAGAGGAGUGAUGAUCCACCUACAGGUGUUCAGGAGGAUUUAGAUCGUACACUAGUUGAACCAAGUAUCUACCUCACUUCUGUACUCUCAGAAAGGGCUCCUGACCCCCCAAAGAAGAUGUCUGUGAUUCUCCCGUCAAUUAAGGAAGUGGAUCAUGAUGAGGACAGAAGCACCAUUUUUCUGGAUUCAGAGUCAUCGGCUUCUUCGGAUACUUUAUGAAAAGCGUCACUGACUAGUUAUGCAAAAACAUAUUCCAUUCUGCAUUCAAUUUCAUUUCUGUAUUUUUAAUUUCUCCUUGAUUAUUUAUUGAGAUUUGUAUUGUUCCUUUUUCUUUAUUUACAAGAGGACACAUACAUGUAUUAACAAUAUAUUAUCAAUUGACUGAAGGAUGUUGCAUCGCCUUAUGGUAUCCAGCCAUGUUGAAAGUUGUAAUUAAAACAGUUGAAGUGCUGAGUGUUGCCUAUCCCACGUCUAAAUGCCUUAAAUAUUAUAUAUAUCACUGUUUUUUUAACUUUUAGCUGCCUUUGUAAGGUUGUUUUGUAAAUCGUUUUCAUCUUGUAAAUAAUAUGAGAUUUUGUAUUGUCUAUUUUAGAAUACAAUUUUAUUUCUUAUUCACGUUGUUUAUAUUGUAUAAUAAAUUGAUUUUUACAACUA